AUGAGCAAAAUCAGUGACGAGGAUACCCACUCAGACAGUACGGUGGAGGAAACUCUGGUGAUGCUAAACCUUCCACAGCUAAACAGCGAUGAAAGAAAAUUGAAAAAUCUCAACAUUUUUCGAAAGAAAAAAGGAGAUAAAAUUUAUAUAGAAAAUGAACGGGGGGUGAAGAAAAAGGAAAAUCAUUCAAAGGGGAAACUCAACGAUGCAGCGAAGGGUGAUCGACUGGGGAGUCAACAAAGUAUUAAUAUUGACUUAACGAAUGAUGAGGAACAAGAGCGUCUAGGGCAUGUCCUCAUAAGUUCGGAUGGUUCGCAGGAAGGAGCGCCAUCGCCACGGAGGAGCUCGCAAGGUGGGAAGAACAAACAUAAGGGGCAAAAAAAGGUGCCAAAAAAUGGGCGGCAGAAAAAUGAGGGACCCCAAGAUAGCGCUUACCCAAAGGACGCAUCCCCGAAGCACGCGCGUGGAAACGAAGUGGAUAACAUCCCAUUCGACAUCGACACCAUCUCCCUAAGGAACUUAUUUGCAGAGUGCCCGGAAUGCAUUAUAAACAAUAAAUACAAAUUUAAGGGCAUUCACACUUCGAGCAUAGGGACGAAUUUGUUCUUCAAGGAACCAGACAGCCUUAAAAAAAAAAAAAGCGACCUGCCGAAUUAUGAACUCUCGUAUGAUCACCUGAGCACAAACAUGAAGGUCGAGAACAGAAUGAGCAGAGAUGACUUCACACAUUAUGAGGGCUACUCUACAAAAAUAAUAUCCUUUGAAAUAGACUACUAG